AUGGCGUCAACGAGUGAGUUUCCUGCCAUUGAGGGCGGAGGGUCUCUGAUCCUCGCCUGGCAAGUCCGUGGCAAGAAGGUACUGGUCAUUGGUGGUGGAGAAGUGGCCGCCGGGCGCAUACUCAAUCUGCUAAAUGCAGAUGCGCGUGUCACUCUUGUCAGUCCUCGCGAAGGCCUGAAUCCCGAGGUGGCAUAUCGGGUGGCCCAAGGCCAGGUCAUCUAUCACGACAAAGUCUUCGAGCCAACCGAUCUCGAUGAUCCGGAUAUCACCAUGGUGUUAACAGCCAUCGACGAUCCUGUCGCCUCGAGUCAGAUAUGGAAAUUAUGCAAACAGAAGCGAAUUGCAGCUAAUAUCGCCGAUGUGCCGCCCGAAUGCGAUUUCUAUUUUGGUAGUGUGCACCGAGAUGGGCCGCUCCAGAUCAUGGUCAGCACCAACGGCAAUGGCCCUAAGAUGGCCAACAUCGUAAGGAGAAGGAUUGCGGACACUUUGCCUCCUAAUAUCGGUGAGGCGAUCCAACAAGUUGGAAUGCUGCGACGGAAACUGCGCGAGAUCGCGCCUGGACCCGAGGAGGGCAGUAAAAGGAUGCAGUGGAUGUCCAAGGUUUGUCUCCAGUGGAGUCUUGAAGAUCUCUGUGAAAUGCAAGAGCGAGAUAUGGAAGUUUUGGUACAAUCCUAUGCUUCCAACAAAGUACCAGGUCUGGCGGAGGUUCGCGGCCCCUGGCAAUUUGAUGGCUCGUUCGGCUGGGCGUGCGUUGUGUAA